AUGCACGACAAGCCCAAAGAAAUAGUCGAGCAAACAUACGACGACAUUGCAGAAUGGUAUCUCGACUGGGUCAAGGGCCAGGAUUCGCCCCGCGAGCGGUACACAGACAUGGUGCUCGAAAAUGCGCCGCCCUCGCCCCGGAUCCUUGAGCUGGGCUGUGGUCCCGGCGUUCCCAUCACGCAGCGGCUGCUGAAACGCGGUGCGCAGGUGGUGGCCAACGACAUUUCAGCCCGGCAGCUCGUCAUGGCGCGCGCCCGGUGUCCGCAGGCGACGUUUGUGCAGGGCGACAUGGCCGCGCUCGUGUUUGCGCCGCUGAGCUUCGACGGCAUCAUCAGCUUCUACACCAUCUUCCACCUGCCGCGCGCCGAGCAGCGGGCAAUGCUCUGCAAGAUCAGCUCGUGGCUCCGGCCCGGCGGCCUGUUUGCGUGCAAUCUGGCGACCUUUGACGCCGAGGAGAUCCACGGCGAGUUCCUCGGCCACGGCAUGUUCUGGAGCAGCUAUGGGGUCGGAGAGAACAAGGCAAUGCUCGAGGCGGCCGGCAUGGACCUGGUGGCGGCCGAGGUGCUGGAAGCAGGCGACGGACACCUGGCCGAGAGCGAUCCAGAUUAUGGGGUCAAGUUUCUGUGGGUUGUGGCGAGAGGUAGCGCCAGUGCGUGA